UCAUUCGAAGCAUCUGAGUCCUUGACUUUUCUCUUUGAUGAGGACAAGUCUUCAGGCCUCUGAAACUUCUAUUUCUCUCGUGCUCUUUUGCUUCUGAUCCUGUUUUGUCCCGAUGUUGUUGAGUUCCAAGAGUCGAUGCUUACCAACAUCUAGCUGGAAACUCCACAAGCCCCAGCGGUCACCGUAGUAUCUGUUCGCACCUCUGUUUUCACUCUCUUCAAGCAUGUGGAGGGUUCAACCUCGUCCUGAGUCGUUUUUGUGGAUUGUUUGCAUCCCAAAUUUGCGUGAUAUAAUAUAGGACUGCUAGUUUUAUCCAAUGCUUUGGCCCCGAAUGUAUGCCGUCUUCUUCAUUUUCUGCUGCACUUGUAAACGUACGCUUAUGAAGUAUCUUCGGACGAGGGUGAAGAGUUUUGGGCUGGUGAAAGUAUCACAAACGUUUAAGGUUGGAAUGUGUGGUCUCUACUAGCCAGACGCUAUUAGUGCAGGAUCAAGAGGGAAUGGACCUGUGACUUGGGAAGUAGCGUGCAGAGAAUAUGACCGUGAAAUCGUUCUAAGCUUGAAAAAUUCGAGUCAACGUCACUCCUUUGGAAGCUGAAGAGCAAGUGCGAAGCCGUUAGAGAAUAUCUGAGGACGUAUCACGGGAGUAAAAUUGAGAGGUAUCUUCACAUCACUUAAGGAUGCCGGACCCAGCCGGACAUGAAAGGACAGAUAAUCGAACGCAGGCGGUGUGUAAAUAUGCCAAUUUUGACACCUCCAACCCGGCCAAGAAACCGUGUGCAAAUUGUCCGCAAGGGAAAGGCCAUCUAGAAUUCAAUCGACAGCGAUGUCCGUAUGAAUCGAGCUGGGUUGAAGAAAAGCUAGCUGCUGGAAACUCCAUCACAAACACCAAGUCUUUACCAAGCUCCAGCAAGGGCAAGAGACAUGAAGGCAGUACUUUGGUGAACGACGGCAAGGAACAUGAGAAUCCUUCCGAACAUCUUUAUCAAAAAAUGACUUCGAUGUCCCUGGGAAAAAGGGAGAAAACAGAUAUUUCGAUUGAGGAGCACCUCAAAAAUAAACGCUUGAAGCCAUUUGAAGAACUUCAAGCAACCGAGAACUGUCACAUUCCAGGCAUGAUCAUGGACAACUCUAUGGGUAUUUGCAUAGAGCCGACUGAUCGUUCCUUGUUUUAUUCGGAUCCUACUCCGAUGGGUAUCGAGAAUGAUCGGCGGGUCUCAUCGCUUCGUGUUGCUGUUCCUGGUUUUGAAAUAGACAUUCAGAAGGACAGGGUACGUCCAAGCCAGCUUAAGAUCUACAACAAGUUAGAUCCUCGAGAAAUGGAGCUCAUGACCACUGAAAUGGACAUUGAGGAAGAUGGUCACUGAGGAAGAUGGCCAGUGACAAUACGUUCAGCUACAAAGGUCCAUCCAUUUUCAAGGCAAAUUUCCAUUCUAAUGGAAAAAAAAACUACAAUAUUACUACAAUGCGACAUCCAACCAUCGACUGCACAUUUAAAUAAAAUUAUACAGAUGCAGUGAUUCGUAGCUGUGAAGAAUCUGCAUCAUAAUUCGACGUGACCCCUUUCGGUUACGUCGCCCUACAUCACUGAAGAACUAUUAUAUUUACUGUGUUUUAAGCGCACAUGGUCAUGAGGGUCAAUAUGCUUUGGCCCUCCCAUGUGCUUAAUUCUUAUAGAACAAGGUAGAGCUCUGUGGAUUAAAUGGAAGGCACUUUCCAUCACAACCUCUCACACACGAACAUACAUUCAUAUUUAUAUAAAUAUAAGCUUUAAGAAAUGUCUUAUUUCAUGAAAUAGAUAUGCCAUCAAUUAUUAUGUGGCAUUCUUUAACUGGA